AUGAUAAAGGACAAUAUUGUAAAUGACAAUGAAGAUUCUGAGCCAUCAGUAUGUGAAAGUAAUGGCAUGAUUCCCAUGCAUAAGAAAAACGAGGAGGGACCACCAGUAGAUUCCAAAGGUACUGAUGGGAAUAUUCAAACAGAAGAAACUGCUCUCUUGAAUCAUUGUGCUCAGCAACCUGUGGAACCGACAGCAGGGUCUUCAAUACCUGCAAGAACAUGGAGGCAAAUAUUCGCUUGUCCUCCUCAGGGUUUGCUGGCCCAAACAGUGACAAACGUUGCAGUCGUGGUCCUGGUUUGGGCUGUGGUUUGGUCCAUCACUGGGAGCGAGUGUCUCCCAGGUGGAAAUCUGUUUGGAAUUCUGUUUCUUUAUUUUUUUGCUGUCAUUGGAGGUAAAUUUUUUGGAUUCAUUAAAAUACGAACGCUGCCCCCUCUCCCUGCUCUUCUGGGGAUGCUACUUGCUGGUUUCCUAAUCCGAAAUACCCCAUUCAUUAGUGACAUUGUCCAGAUAAACCUACACUGGUCUGCAGCACUGAGGAAUAUCGCUCUUUCAGUUAUCUUGACCCGAGCAGGACUUGGCCUGGAUCCAAAGGCCCUUAAGAAACUCAAAGCAGUCUGUUUACGGCUUUCUUUUGGACCGUGCAUCACAGAAACAUGCACAGCUGCUGUUCUUGCCUACUUGUUCAUGCAUUUGCCAUGGCCAUGGGGAUUUAUGUUAGGUUUUGUUCUAGGUGCAGUCUCCCCUGCUGUGGUGGUUCCCUCAAUGCUGAUUUUACAAGCCGGGGGAUACGGGGUGGAGAAAGGUGUCCCAACUUUGCUAAUGGCAGCUGGCAGCAUUGAUGACAUCCUGGCUAUCACAGGCUUCAAUACUUGCCUUGGGAUGGCUUUCUCUUCCGGUUCUACUCUGUACAAUGUGCUCCGAGGAGUGCUGGAGGUUGCUGUUGGCAUAGCAGCUGGGGGGAUGCUGGGAAUGUUUGUUCGAUAUUUCCCAAGCCACGAUCAGGCAUCUCUGGCAUGGAAGAGGUCAUAUUUUGUACUCGGGCUGUCCAUGUUUGCUGUUUUUGGCAGCAUCUACUUCGGCUUCCCUGGAUCAGGAGGCCUCUGCACAUUAGUCUUAUCUUUUGUGGCAGGUGUGGGAUGGUCUGAGGAAAAGAAAGAAGUAGAAAAAAUUGUUGCAGUUGCAUGGAAUAUCUUUCAACCUUUUCUUUUUGGUUUAAUUGGAGCAGAAGUAUCUGUUACAUCUCUUAGGCCUGAAACUGUUGGGCUCUGUGUUGCUACAUUAGGCAUUGCCCUAGUUGUGCGAAUCAUAGCCACGUUCCUGAUGGUGUGUUUUGCUGGGUUUAAUUUCAAGGAGAAAGUAUUUGUCUCACUGGCAUGGAUUCCCAAAGCCACUGUCCAGGCUGCAAUAGGUUCCCUUGCCCUGGAUACAGCAAGAAGUCAUCAGGAUAAGCAACUGGAAAAGUAUGGAAUGGAUGUACUGACAGUAGCUUUCUUGGCUAUCUUGAUCACAGCUCCGAUUGGAGCCCUGGUUAUUGGCUUGGCAGGGCCCAGACUUUUGCAGAAGGCUCAGACAAGUAGCAAGGACGAUGAGGAAGGUGCUGAGGUUGGAGAAGAGGCAGCGGCCUGUGAGCCUUCGUGAGACAGACAUCUACAGGAAUAUGGUCCUUCAGCCCUUACACUUCUGUUGAGUAAAGACAGCCAUGUCUGCAAUCUUUCUGGAGGAAAUCAAAACAAGUAUCAAUUAUGUCUGCUAUUUUAAAAGCAGCCCUGGUGAUGGAGUUUUAUAAAAUAUUUUUAUGUGUCAAUGGUGCUUUAAGAGAUGAAAUAGCCAAACAUACAGUGAAUAGGCUGGCCAGGCAGUGAGUCACUGAGGAGUCAGCAGUCAACAGUUACUUGAAAUGUGUGGGCGUGAGGCCAGGGAGAGGAUCAGAAUCGUUCAGGCACGGAGCAGAGUCAUGAGGUGGGAUAUAAACAGAAGAAAACAGAAACUAAUGUGAAUAACUUCUUGAUUCUUGAAACUGGGCUGAAAGAU